GAGUUGCUUAAAUAAUAUCUAACUUCAUUUAUGUUUAUUUUCAAAUAGCUACACGUAUUUACAAAUUUCAUCUGACAUGAACUAAUUAAUUUAGGCAACUAACAAUCUAAUUAAGCUUAAGCUUUGUCGCUUUUUUAAUUCGACUACUAAUUAAGGAACAACAUUUUCACAAAAAAUGCAGAUAAGAAACGAAUGAUGAAUUUAGGCGGGACUGUUCAUCUUAACCGAAAGGGUUUUUUCAUUUUAUUAACGUUAACAUGUAUAAUUUUGCUGUAUUUAAUUAAAAGUGAUAGUUUCAAGCAGAACAUUGACACCAAUAUUAAUUUACACCAACUGCUUAACAUUGCAAUAAAAUCUGCUGAGAAUGGUGGCCUGGAGGUUGUCUCAACAAAAGACAAGCUUAAUGUUAAAAGCAAAGGCCUCACAAAAGAAGGUUUACAAGAUGAUGUGACAACAGCUGAUUAUCUAUCACACUGUUCAAUGGUUUCUACAAUCAAGCAUUUCUUUCCCACAAUUAAAUUAAUAUCUGAAGAAAAUGUUGAAUGUGAUAAUAACCAAGUUAUUGAUUUCAAUGGAAAUAUGAAUCCUCAAGUUGGGCAACUACCUGAUGAAUUUGUUAAUGAAAAUGAUGUUACUGUGUGGAUUGAUCCUUUGGAUGCCACACAUGAAUAUACAGAAAAACUUUAUAAAUAUGUCACAACUAUGGUAUGUGUGGCUGUGAAAGGUGAACCUAUAAUUGGAGUGAUACAUAAACCAUUUGCGAAAGAAACUUCUUGGUCUUGGUUGGGGAAGGGUAAAUCGGAGAAUUUGAAUACUCAAAAAACAAUACAAGAUAAAAAGAGGAUAAUCAUCUCUAGAAGUCAUCAUGGAAACAUUAAGGAAGUCCUCCAGCAAAAUUUUAAGAAUAAAUUUGAAUUAAUUAUUGCUGCAGGAGCAGGAUAUAAAGCUUUGGAAGUGGCGACUGGAAAUGCGGAUGCAUACUUACACAUAACAGCAAUAAAGAAGUGGGACAUUUGCGCAGGAAACGCCAUUCUGAAAGCAGUCAACGGUGUGAUGACCACUAAACACAAUAAAAAAAUCGAUUAUACAGAUGAAACUAAUGUUGUUAAUGAGGAUGGACUCAUUGCCACUUUAGAUAAUCAUAGUUCCUAUCUUGGAAUAAUGUAGAGUUAGGGAAUAGAUGAACGCAGGUGUUAAUGAGAAUAUUUUUGUUUUAUUUUGUUUGUUGACUUAUACGUGUUUGUAAAUAAAUUGAAUGAUUAUAGAUAACAAUAACAAUUGUACAUUUAAAUAUAAUUUUUGUCUAACAGUUUAACAAAUAAAAACGAAUCCAAGUUUU